AUGCGCAUUGGGAUUCGAGAGCAGUUGGCAAUUCUUGUCCUUCUUUCGUCGCUGAUUGCGCUCGCUGUGGUAGCCACUGCGACAUGGAUCACCAGCCACAACUUUGUUCUACAUAUACGGUCCUCUGCUUUGUCACUUACGGCAUCCCUCUAUGCCGACCAGCUCAACUCUAAUUUGUUCCUUCUCCUAUCCAAUGUCCAUGGCACAUCUACCAGAGUUGUGCUUCAAAAUUCUCUACAACGCUACAAUGAUCAGAACAACAAUACAGAUGCUAAUUGGGUUCGGGCACGGCAAGAUCUUCAAUCGGCGUUGAGUGGAGGUGGUGUUACCGCAAAUCUUCUGCAGGCUAGGAUUGUCUCAAAGAACGGCACCGGAUCUGCUGGACCGUACGGGCUCCUGAAUGUGACAAAUCCGGACGUUCUUGGCACCAUACCUCUGCCAUCCACGAAUCCACAAGCUCCGAUGGCAUACCUGGGCGACAACGGUACCGGUUACCCGCCCGAACUAUACCCAGAACUGACCUUCAACUCGACGGUGCGCAAUGCAACAUUCAAUGAGUCUAUCGGUUUCUUUGCAGGAAAUCGGCUGUACGCCGACGCGAAAAUCUUCUUAGGACCUCGGCUCCUCAAUGAGACCUUCGGAAUGAUGUCAAUCACAGUACCUAUGAUCAACAAUACUUCGAGUGAGGAUACUCUAGGAUGGUUGACAGUUGUUGUUAGCGCGCGUUCCAUACUCCAGAUCGAUAAUUCCACCAAGGGACUGGGAGAUACGGGCCAAAUACUCAUAGUUGCACCAGAUACACCUGACCAGAGAUUGCCUUCAAAUAUACGUGACAAUAAUGACGAUGCGGAGAGAAAAGACCUAGCACAAACGCAACAGGUUAAAUAUGUUACACCUCCAACCCAGAAUUCUUCCAGAAGUACUCGACACCCUCUACGGGCUUUUGGCUCGAAUAAUGCGGCUUUUAAGAUGGCGGCAUACCCCGCGAUCUUGAAGGCCUAUUCGAACGGCAAAGAAUUAGCAAAUUCGGGCGGUAGUCUCUUGAAGUCCCAUAAUGAAGAGAAGAAACAGAUCUCGGUGGGAUAUGCGCAGUCAAUGUCCACACUGGUCGAUUGGGCUUUGAUCAUCGAGCAAUCUCACGGCGAAGUGCUUGCUCCCAUCAACCGCUUGAGAAAUGUCUUGAUCGCUUGCGUUUUUGGAACUCUUGCUGGGGUCCUAAUUCUUCUCUUCCCUGUGGCUCACUUUUCAGUGCGCCCAAUUCGAAGGCUACGAGCUGCCACGAAGAAAACCGUUGAGCCAGAGUUGUUCUCAUCCGACGGCGGUAGCUUCAGGUCCUUUUCUUCGCAUGGCAUUCAAGAGCCAGACUCCGGCGAAGACGAGCAAAUUCAAGAGGUCGCGAAAAAAGAAGGGUUUCUUGGACGGGUAGCGUCAUGGCGAGUGCGACGUCAAGACGGUGACACCAAGGCCAAGAAACGCAAACGAAGUAACAUCUUUAGGAUACCAGGCAAAGUAGAGGACCACGAGCACAUCAUUCACGAUGAAUUGACAGAUCUCACUCGUACUUUCAACGAGAUGUCCGAAGAAUUGACAAUGCAAUAUGCUCGCCUUGAGGAGAGAGUGAAGGAGCGGACGCAAGAAUUGGAGAUCAGUAAAAAGGCGGCGGAAGUAGCUAACGAGUCGAAAACGCUCUUCAUUGCGAACAUUAGCCAUGAGCUGAAAACCCCACUGAAUGGUAUUCUAGGGAUGUGCGCUGUAUCUAUGCAGGAAGACGAUCCAGCCAAAAUCAAGCGGUCAUUAGGCAUCAUAUACAAAUCCGGAGACCUACUACUUCACCUGCUCACGGACCUUUUGACAUUUACUAAAAACCAGAUGGGUCAACAGCUGACACUUGAUGAAAGGGAAUUUCGCCUAGCGGAUGUCACUUCCCAAAUUCUUUCCAUUUUUGACAAGCAGUCUAAAGAAGGCCAAAUUACUCUUCGGCUAGCGUAUCUGGGCCCGUCAGACAUUGGUGAGAACACCCCUGCCGCAUCCAUGCAGAGCGGCUUUGGUCCCUAUGGUACUGGUCGCAUCAAAGAUAUGUUUAUUUGGGGUGACCAGCACCGCAUUCUACAGAUCAUAAUCAAUCUUGUGAGCAACAGCUUGAAAUUUACGCCUCCGAAUGGCACGGUCGAUGUGCGGAUAAAAUGUUUAGGCGACGCCCCGGAAAUUGCUGAGAGUCGAAAGGAUUCCAUGACCUCGAAGCUUUCAAAGAGGCAGUCUUCCAAAGGUUCGAAGCGAGGAUUCACCAGAAGGAUGCUCUCUUCUUCCGCGUCAUCAACGUCAGCGAUUCCGCGGGAGCGAGAGGAUUCAAGGUAUUCAGACACUGCGUUGCACAUCAACGCGAAAGAGCCGAAAUCAGCUGCGUCUUUCAUUGCAGGGGAGCGCUCUUCUUCGCCCUUGCCAUUGAACGCAAGGCAACUACUUUUCGAGUUCGAAGUCCAAGACACAGGCCCAGGAAUACCCUUGUCGCAGCAACAAAAAGUGUUUGAGCCGUUCAUGCAAGGUGACCUUGGGCUCAGCAAAAAGUAUGCUGGAACAGGUCUCGGGCUGAGCAUUUGCUCUCAAUUAGCUACUCUCAUGAGGGGCUCUAUUCAUCUAGAGAGUGAAGUUGGGAAAGGCAGCAGGUUCACUGUACGAGUGCCCCUUGCCUUUACGAAGGAAAGAGCCGACAGCACUGCAAGCUCAAAUGGUACCGACUCUCGUCCAAAUAGUGUCUGUCUCGACUCCGCCGAAAAUGCUCCCAUUACAAGGCGUCGAUCAUCUUCAGACAUGUCUGCAGUCUCCACCGCAAGCGUACCCCCAGCUCUAAAUGCAGUCAAUAGUCUUGACACACCGGCAAAGCCCAGGCUAGUAGGCUUGAGCCAGCCCUAUUUUGCCUCAACAUCCCCCAUGGAAGAUCCUGAUAAGCAGUUGGCUGCCAUGGAGCGUGUAGCUGCUCAAGCGGUACAGUGCGGCCGCAGAGUCAGCGUACUAGUAGCUGAGGACAAUGUGGUCAACCAGGAAGUCGUACUCAAGAUGUUGAAAUUAGAAGACAUAUAUGACAUCAAAGUCGCUAAGGACGGCCAAGAAGCAUACGAUCUUGUCAAAGCCGGCAUGGAGAAAAGAGAAUUCUUUGAUCUCAUAUUCAUGGACGUCCAGAUGCCCAACUUAGAUGGAAUACAAAGUACACGCUUGAUACGACAAAUGGGCUACUCAGCGCCCAUUGUCGCUCUCACGGCGUUCUCGGAAGAGAGUAAUCAGAAGGAGUGCAUUGACUCCGGGAUGGACUAUUUUCUACCGAAACCGAUUCGAAGGCCCGCUCUGAAGCAGGUCUUGAAGCGUUAUUGCCCCACUAUACCAGAAGCCGAGGAGAGUGAGAAGACGCCAGAAAAGGAGAAAUCAGAAAAGGCGAUUCAUACGAAUGGCAGUCUGGACAUGGCUAACAACGGCAUUCACAAUGGUGACGGACACGGGAUCGCUCCCAGGACUCCUCCUCCAUUCACGAACCACGUAGUUGAUACAUCUACUAACGGGUUUUCCAAUCCGUCUGCUGAUCAUGACGCCGUCUCACCUCUCUCAUGA